AUGAGCAUUCAAGAAAACUUAAACAACUUGAUUAAACCACAUGGAGGAAAACUCAUUAAAACAUUAAAAUAUGGAGCAGAAAGAGAAGAAUGUAUUAAAGAAGCAAAAUCACUUCCAAAGAUUGAUAUUUCAUCAAGAGAAUUUGGGGAUCUUGUUAUGAUGGGAAUUGGAGGAUUUUCACCAUUAAAAGGAUUUAUGAAAAAAGAAGAUUGGUUCUCAGUUUGUAAAAACUUCACACUUGCAGAUGGAACUUUUUGGCCAAUUCCAAUUACAAUGUCAGUUUCAGAAGAAGAAGCAAAAAAAUUAAAGAGAGGACAAAAGGUUGCAUUAAAAUAUAAUAAAGAUAUUAAUGAUAUUUCAGGAACUAUUGAAGUUGAUCAAGUUUAUGAAAUGACUAAGAAAGAUAAAGAAAUGGAAUGUAAAGAUAUUUUUACUACAACAGAUUUAGACCAUCCAGGAGUUAAAAAAGUUAUGGAACAAAAAGCAUUUAAUGUUGCAGGUAAAGUUACAACACUUUCAGAAGGAGAAUUCCCAAUUAAAUAUAAAGGAAUUUAUAUGACACCAGAAGAAUCUAGACUUAAUUUUGCUAAGAAAGGAUGGAAAACAAUUGCUGCACUUCAAUUAAGAAAUCCAAUGCAUAGAUCACAUGAAUUUCUUGCUAAAAUUGCAGUUGAAGUUUGUGAUGGAGUUUUUAUUCAUUCACUUGUAGGAAAUCUUAAACCAGGAGAUAUUCCAGCUGAAGUAAGAGUUAAAUGUAUUGAUGCACUUGUUGAUAAAUAUUUUGUUAAAAAGAAUGUCCUUCAAGGAGGAUAUCCACUUGAUAUGAGAUAUGGAGGACCAAGAGAAGCUCUUCUUCAUGCUACAUUUAGACAAAAUUAUGGAUGUACACAUAUGAUUAUUGGAAGAGAUCAUGCUGGUGUUGGUGAUUAUUAUGGACCAUUUGAUGCACAAAAAAUCUUUGAUAAAAUCCCUUAUAAUGCUGAUCCUAAGAAGAGACUCUUAACUCAACCUAUGAAAAUAGAUUGGACAUUCUAUUGUCAUAAAUGUGAUGGAAUGGCUUCAUUAAGAACUUGUCCUCAUACUAAGAAAGAUAGAGUUAUUGUUUCAGGAACUAUGGUUAGAAAGAUGUUAUCAGAAGGAAAAACUCUUCCAGAUCAUUUUGGACGUGCUGAAUCACUUAAGAUUUUAGCAGAUUAUUAUCAACAUCUUGAUAAAUCAAAGAAAGUUACUAUCAAGUUACAAAAGUUUGCUACUGGUGAUGCCAUGAAAUAA